CACAAGGGGCCGGAAGUAAACCAAAAUCUUUGCUUGAAUCAGAAGACCGGCCUCGCCAAAAGCCACCAACCUUAGAUUAUUUUUCCGAUGAAGAUUCUAAACCAAAGAAAAGAAAAUUAAUUACAUUGGACAAUGAUUUUGGAAAAGAUGCAAUCAACCAAAGUAGUUCCAAGAACUCACAGGACAAUGAUUUCGUUGGAGACUUGGAAGACGAUAGACCACUUCCGCGGACUUCAACUGGAAUUCGAGGGUUUGUACCUCAAGGUUAUAAAUCAGCUACGGAAUCAUUUGAAGCUCCUAAAGAGCAAGAAGCUGCCAAGGAACAAGCAGAAGUAGACGAUGAUCCUCUUGAUGCAUUUAUGCAGGAUAUCGAUAGUCAAGUUCAGAAACAGAGUCAAGACAAGUCUCUGCAAGAAAAAUUUCGUAGGGACGAUAUUGAAGAUGAAGAUUUUGUCGAAAGCUAUGUCAACCACAUGAAAAAGAAGGGCAUAGACGUUGGUAAAAGUCAACGACCAAUCGAAAAGGAUGAGGCAUGCAGUUUCAUAGACAUUUUUGCAUCUUUGUGCUAG